AGAAGCUAUUAAAAGCUUAAUAUCCAAGUAACAUGGUCCAGUACAAUUACCCCGCAGGAUCGUUGCUAACCCACCAUCGGGGGUUGGAAAUUGAAAUGAAAGAGACGGAGCACAGCAAUCCCCCAUGGCUCACCGAGGGGGCAGCCAGUUACCAUCACGCCGUGCGACGGCUCUCCUCCCUCAAAUGGACACCUCCUAUCUCCGUCUUCAAAACUCUAAUAUCAAAUCCCCAUCUCACAAAACUCAUUCCCAGUUUAGAUCGGUCCCAGUUCACCUUCUGGCCCCAAGCACGCUACUUCUCGUCGAGCAAAGACGAUGAUGGCAGUGAAGACGAUGACGAAGAUGAAAUAGAAGAAACCAGUGACGGAGAGGGGAAUGCAACGCUGGAGUCGACGAGGGAGUACUCGCCGGAGGAGAAGGAAGCAGAGGCAGCUGCUAUCGGGUACAAAAUUGGGUCGCAUCAGUUUAAAGUUAGCAAUGGGGAUUGUAUUUUUACGGAAAGGUUGAAAUUUUGCGAAGUAAAUGAUAAGUUGAUUUUGAAUAAGGUUCUCCUGCUUGGCUCAGCUACUCAAACAAUCAUUGGUAGGCCUAUUGUGCCGCAUGCAGCUGUUUGUGCAGCUGUUGAGGAGCAUGCAUUAGAUGCGAAGGUAAUUAUUUUCAAGAAAAAGAGAAGGAAGAAUUACAGGCGAACUAAGGGACAUCGCCAGGAACUGACCAAGUUGAGGAUAACUGAUAUACAAGGAAUUGAAAAACCAGAACCAAAAGCUGAAGGAAAAAAGCCUUUAAAGUUGGCUACUGAAGUCAGAGAAGCUCAUGGCUGCUGCUUAGGAAGGGAUGUCACCAGGGCUGUUUAUUGUAACAAAUGGCUCUCCAUGAUUCAAUGUAUACUUGUGUGUCCAAUGAGGUUGAAUUUUACCUGCCAAGUGGGCACUGGUUAUGGGGAUGGUUUGGUUGAAGCAUGCUUUGCUCUUCCAAGAGCGGGGGUCAAAUUUUGUGUUCUUGUAGUUCUUGUUCAUUUAUUUGUAUUUAGUAACCUAGAUGGUGGGAUUUCACUUAACACACUCCUUCCCAGGUACAACUUUUUCCAAGUUCAGACCAAGUUGCAGUUUGUAGCACUUCAUUGGAAAUUAAAUUUAAUAAAGUUUUCUCAACCAGUAAUUCCACAUGUUGAAAAUUUGGACCCAAUCCCAAUCCCUCUAGAAUAUCUCCAGCAAGGUAAACAGUUCCUAAAGACAGUGAAGUCCUUAUCUCCUAAGUUUCAAAAGAAAGUUGGGUGGUGCAUCAUGCAUGUCUAACGAAUCUCAAUAGCACAGCUGUCUUAUGCUUUAUCUUCCGCGUUCUUCCAAAGGGCACAGGAAACCUGGUCCACGUUACUCAAUGGAGAAAAAGGUCUGGUGCAUUCGUCGGUUCCUUUGCAAUCUUUUAGUUCGUUAAAUGAAGUUUCUCAAAUAUC